UUGUUUUUCUUAAUGUAGUACAUAUUAAUAAAAUUUAUGAGAUCUAAGGUCUAUUGUAUUUGAAAGAUUAACUGACAUAUAUGGUAUGCUUUUAUAAAACCUGUUAAAAUGACAAAAAUGGUUUGACAUCUUUAAGGAACAAAGUGAUCUAAACUUCUUAAUAUGAAUUGGCAUUACCUUGAACACAUUGCAUUGUGAUUACAUGAAAGAUUUGCUGAAAUGGUCACGUGUUCAGAAACUACUACAUCUUAAUAGUAAACAGUUGCCUUGUUUGUUUCUUUGGUUUGCUUGUUUGCUGCUUAGCAUCAGGACACCCGCCCCUUGUGUGGGAAAUACACAAUUUUGUGACCCUAUGGGUUGAAACCCAAAAAGUCUGAUGCUUUUUCUCAUUCCUGGCAACCAAGGGAUAGGACCAAAUUGGGUCAAUUGAAUGCCCUUGCCCCUAACUGUGAACAGAGUAGUGUUAUGAAGAAGGAAUAGGAGAUUAGAAUCAAUGCUGGUAUCCUUCCAUUGCCCCAUCAUUUCAGGAUCCAAGUGUCCAGUAGAUGUGGUCCCUUAGCCAGCCUGUACCUUUGGCCAUGGUACCAGCCAACUACUUUCCUUAUGUUCCCAAGUUAUCUGGUAACCAUUCAGGAAAUUAUUUUCCUACUUAAGUAUACAAAAAACAGUGUCAGUUUUCACCUGACCGAUUCAGUCACCCUUCAGAGAUGUAGGAAAACUAUUAGCAGCUGAGGGAUGCUGCCAAGGCCAGUGUCUGGGCUCUGCAGUUUUCUAACUUGUGAUAUUGGGUCACCCCACUAAGCAGGAGAGCAGUGACUCUGUCUGGCUUAAUCAUUAUGGGAUGGCCAGCUCCCAGCUCCAUGCCCUAGGCAAACAGACAUUCAGUGCAUAUUUAUCUGACUUUAAUUUAAUUGAAGAAAACAGUAACACUGAACUCUAGGUUUGCUCAGUAUCUGUUACAGAUUUCUUGAUUCUGACUGCUUUUAGUUUAAAUUUUUUUUUAGCAAGAAAGAACUAAGAAUGAUGACACUAGGCUUUAAAUUCAGGUAAACAGGAGGCUGGGUUUUUUGCAUAAGCAGAAAUGAGGAAGUCAAGAGGAAGAGAUUAAAUUUCUGUUGUAAUAAAUUGAAUCUGCUAAAUGCCAUGGCUUUUUAAUUUUCUUAAUCACACGUUAAACCGGUUAUGUUGCUGCCUAGAUGGCUAUAUAUUUGUUUAAAAGUACAGCAGUCCCUCCUACUGGACUUUGAUCCUGCAAAAACAACUGUUAUCUAACUCACCCUCAGACUGUCACUGGGACACCUGCAUGAAGAAUAUUCUUUCAUUUUUUAAAAAAGGUUUUGCAUAUAUAUGAUUUAAGCUUUCAAAAUGAUUAGAAAAUGUUUUAUUGUUCUACUCUUGUUGCUUGUGACUAUAGAAGAAGCAAGGUUAUCAUCUCUCAGUUUUCUGGAUAUAGAGAAGACUGAAAUACUAUUUUUUACGAAGACGGAAGAAACCAUCAUUGUAAAUUCAAGCUACAAAGAUAAACGGCCUAAUUCCAGCUACCUCUUUGUAAAAAUAGAAGAUCCUAAAAUACUGCAAAUGGUGAAUGUGAUCAAGAAGAUCUCAUCAGAUGGUACAAACUUUAUCAUAAAUCUGGAGACUGAUGAAGAAGGAGAAACAAAUGUGACUAUUCAACUGUGGAAUUCUGAAGGUAGGCAAAAAAGACUCAUUGAAGAAAUCAAGAAUGUGAAAGUCAAAGUGCUUAAACAAAAAGACAGUCUUCUCCAGGCGUCAAUGCAUAUUGAUAGAAAUAUCCUAAUGCUUAUUUUACCACUAAUACUAUUGAAUAAGUGUGCAUUUGGUUGCAAGAUUGAAUUACAGGUGUUUCAAACAGUAUGGAAGAGACCUUUGCCAGUAAUUCUUGGGGCAGUCACACAGUUUUUUCUGAUGCCAUUUUGUGGAUUACUUUUGUCUCAGAUUGUGGCAUUGCCUGAGGCACAAGCUUUUGGAUUUGUAAUGACCUGCACAUGCCCAGGAGGGGGUGGGGGCUAUCUCUUUGCUCUGCUUCUAGACGGAGAUUUCACGUUGGCCAUUUUGAUGACUUGCACAUCAACAUUAUUGGCUCUGAUCACAAUGCCUGUCAAUUCUUAUAUAUACAGUAAGAUAUUAGGGUUGUCAGGUACAUUUCAUAUUCCUGUUUCUAAAAUUGUAUCAACACUCCUUUUCAUACUUGUACCAGUAUCAAUUGGAAUAGUCAUCAAGCGUAGAAUGCCUGAAAGAGCAAGCUUCUUGGAGAGAAUAAUUAGACCUCUGAGUUUUAUUUUAAUGUUCGUAGGAAUUUGUUUGACUUUCAGAGUGGGAUUAAUAUUUUUAAAAACAGAUAACCUAGAGGUGCUUCUGUUGGGUCUCUUAGUUCCUGCUUUGGGUUUGCUGUUUGGGUACUCCUUUGCUAAAGUUUGUAUGCUGCCAGUUCCUGUUUGUAAAACCAUUGCUAUCGAAAGUGGGAUGUUAAAUAGCUUCUUAGCUCUGGCCAUUAUUCAGCUGUCUUUUCCACAGUCCAAGGCCAAUUUAGCAUCUGUGGCUCCUUUUACAGUAGCCAUGUGUUCUGGAUGUGAAAUGUUACUAAUCAUUCUAGUUUACAAGGCUAAGAAAAGAUGUAUGUCUUUCUUACAAGAUAAAAGGAAAAGAAAUACCCUAGUCUAACAAUUAAAGCAUUACUGAAUUCCUACUCUGCGUAAGGCAUGGUGGGGGAGUCAAAGAAUAACUCAAUGAUACCUGCUCUAAAGCCAGUUAUAAUCUAGUUAAAAAUCUGACAUUGGGGAUAGAGAAUACAUAUGUGUAUGUAUACACACACACACACACACACACAUAUUCAUACAUGCUAAGCACUCAAUGAGUGGUGGAGAUGAUAAUACAAAAGUUCAAAGGAAGGAGACAACUUUUCAACUGUGUUGGUUUGAGAACGUUUUAUAGGCUAUGACGUCAAUAUGAUACUUCCAGUGGUCUCCUAAAUGAGACAAAGCAAUAGAAAAGUGAUUACGAUAUAUCCUAAGUAUUUAAAGAAGGAACACCCAUAUAGCAGACAUUUGGUAAAUUCUCACUCAGUGAAUGAAUUUGCAAAUUUCUAUUUGGUGCUCUCAUUAGCACAUCAAAAUGAAUAUGUUUUAAAGUAAAUGUGGCAUCUCUGCUCUCACAGCUGA